AUGGAGGUGCGUGUGGUGAGUUUGAACGUGCACUCGUGGCAAGACCGCUGGCGUCGCUCCAACACGCGGCGGGUGGCCGCCCUUCUGCGCCAGCUGCGCCCCCACAUCCUGUGCCUCCAGGAGGUGCAUGCACGACCGCGGUGGUUCGCCGACGACUUUGGUGCGGAGGGCGAGGAGGACCCCAAGAGCACCGACCUCUCCCUCUUCCAGUCCCUGCUCGCCCUGCCGUUGGAGGGCGAGACUCUCACGGAGGACGGCUGGCCAUGGGCGUGGGAGUGGCUCAGUCUCGCCGAAUCGGGCGGCAGCGCGGUGGCGUCGCGUCUGCCCGUCACCCACCGCCACCUCCACCGCCUCCCCACCCCGGACCGGCCGCUCGUAGGGCUGCGGGUGGCGACGGGCGGGCCUCUCGGCGCCGUCGACAUAUUCAGCGUGCACCUGGACCACCUGCAUGAGAGCCGUCGCACGGCGCAGAUAGAGUCGCUUGUGGCCUACCUCGACGAAGCCGGCUGCGGCCCUCUCCGCGCGCUAUUGGGCGACUUUAACGCCCUCUCCCGAGAGGACUACGACGACGGCGAGUGGGAGCGGAUCGGAGUCAGGCGCCAGGGCGCGCGACUGGACCCGCCCUCGGCCGAGGCCACGGAGCUGCUGCGCCGGCUCGGCUACACCGACGUCCGACACACCACCACCACCGCACACGAUCACAACGAUGAAGACGAUGCACGCGACAAGGUCGAUGAUGAAGCUGGAGACGAUGAUGACGAUGACGAUGAUGAAGAGGUGGAGGUUCACACCGAGGGGUGGACGUGCUGGGCUGGCACGCGGGUGGACUACGCGUGGCUGUCCAACGACCUCCAACGGGCCGUGGUCGACGCGCGACUCCGAGUGGUGCCCGACCUCACUGUUUCCGACCACCGGCCUCUUCUCCUCUCCCUUCAUGUCCAUGAUCCAACUCCAUCAACAGACCAACCUGAUUGCCAGGUGGCUUCGUGA